AGAGUUACCAGCACCAUGCUGGUAUUGUCAGACGCGCCAAGUUGCCGGCGCGAAGCUCUCGGAUCAAUUCAAUGGAUGGGCUAUAAGCCGGUGUUGAAGCACAUUAGGCUUCGAGCACUUGUAUCUGGUUGCAUCAACGGCAGUGAGAAAUGUCCUCAGCUGAAGAAUGGCAAUAUGAAUGACGAUGAUUUUAAAAAGCAGUUUGAGCUGGAACAGCUUGCAAAGCAGAAGCAAGCAAACGAAGCUCGAUGUACUUACACAGAUCCAAACGACGGAACUGUUUAUGAGUGGGAUGCUGAGAAGAACGCCUGGUUUCCUAAGGUUACAGACGAAUUUCUUGCUGCCUACCAUGCCAACUAUGGCGCUGCUGAAAGCGGCGGGGGAGAUGGUGCAGCAUCAAGUUUACAGGUCCAGCAGGAGCGAGGAGCAUUAGAGCAAGGAUUAGAGUCAAAACCAAAGCCAAAACCAAGUCAGCCGGGCUGGUUUGAUGUUGAUGAUGCACAUAACACCAAGGUUUAUGUAACCAACCUUCCAAAUGAUAUAACUGAAGAGGAGUUUGUAGACCUUAUGAGCAAAUGUGGUCUCAUAAUGAAAGAUGAAAAGGGUGUCUAUAGGACAAAGCUCUACAGAAAUAAUGAUGGCACACUCAAGGGUGACGCCCUUUGCUGCUACAUAAAGAUAGAGUCCGUGGAACUGGCACUGAGCAUUUUGGACGGAUAUCGUCUCAAAGACAAAGAAAUCCAUGUAGAACGUGCAAAGUUUCAACUGAAAGGAACGUAUGACCCCACCAAAAAACCUAAGAAGAAGAAAAAGGACAAAGAGAAGCUUAAAAAGAAAAUAGAAAAGUUGUUUGAUUGGAGGCCGGAAAAGUUAAGGGGUAUGCGACUGAAGCAUGAGAACACUGUUGUUCUGAAGAACAUGUUCGACCCUGAGGAGUUUGAGAAGGAUCCUACCUUGAUCUUGGAGUAUCAAAAGGACUUAAGAGAGGAAUGCACAAAGUUUGGUGAGGUGAAGAAGGUUGUGGUGUAUGACCGAAACAAGGAAGGUAUAGCAACAGUAACGUUCAAAGAGCCAGAGGAAGCGGAUGCCUGCAUUGCUCUGAUGAACGGCCGGUGGUUUGCGCAACGACAGCUGGUAGCAGAAACCUGGGACGGUCGCACAAGGUUUAAAAUUAUGGAGACAGAGGAGGAACUAGAGGAAAGGCUCAAGAAAUGGGAUGAGUACCUAGAACAGGAUGAUGAGCUGAAGGCGGCAUCGUCUAGUAGGCAUAAUCCAACAUAUGGAACUAAAGGAGAGGGAGAUACUAAAAGAGAUGCCUCCGAAGUGAGUGAAGUGGAUGAAAUCGUGUCAAAACGAAGAAAAGAAGAGAAGUAGCAAAAGUGUGCUGUCUGUGCUUGAGACAGAUGUGUACAUAUGUGGAAGCUUGUGUAUAUAUGAGCAAAAGAAAUCUACACGUUGUUUUAUA